UGCGUGUGUGCAAUGCGUGUUUGCCUGUGCUCGUGCCCGUAUUUGCGCGCAGUGUCGCGAUCAUGCCGCGUGUCGUUCGUUGCAGGAUCAGAGCUCUGAUGGAUGACCGGCGUUGCUUGCUGCGUGCCGGAGACUCCAUGGAUUUGUGGCACUGGUGAAUCUCACCACAACAAACAACAACAACAACAAGAGACCGGAUCCAAACAACACGAGGAAUUAAGUGUGGGCGUGCGUGCGUGCGUGUGUGAGUGUGCGUGCGUGAGCACUUGCGCGCCCCUCCUGUUCCCGAACCUCUUACCAACAUCCCCGGCUCGGCGACGGACGGGCGGCACAACCAAAGUAGCGCUCCACUCGCUCUUCGCUCCAUCUCUCUGCGGCGCGUGCGCUCGGCCUCGGGCGUGGACGCGCGCGGGAGGCACCACGAUGCACGCACCGAGGCAGGAGGCGCACGAGGCCGACUCGCGCGAGCUCACGGACGAGCGCUACCGAGAUGUGCGGCGGCCCAAGGUGGUGCGUUUCUACCGCAACGGGGACCGCCACUUCAGAGCGCGCUCCCUGCACAUCACGCCGCACCGCUACGCCAGCUGGUCCGAGCUGCUCACGGACCUGUCGCGCGCCGUGCCCAUGCCCCACGGGGUGCGCCGGGUCUACUCCCCGCUUGGGGGGUCUCUCGUCACGGGUGGAGUGGAGGCGCUGCGAGACGGAGCCUCGUACGUGUGCGCCUCCUUCGAGCCGUUCCGACCGCUCUGCUACGGGGGAGCGUCCGACGCGACUGGCACCACCAGCGCGGCGCAGAGCCAGCAGCAGCAGCACAGUGGACCACCGAGUCCCAGGAAGGGCCCCCCUGUGGCAGGACAGAGAUGCCCUCUGGAGGAGCGGUACAGCGACAGCUCCUGUCUCGCCAUCGAGAAUGGCACCAGCGACACGCGGCGCGCAACCAACGGCAUGCGGGCACCGUCUCCCCUGCCGCCCAGCAGCCGCGACACAUCCAACGUCAGCCCGUCGUACAGCCCGCCCGAGCGGGCCAGGAAGGGUCACUCCGAGGGACUGCUAAUUCGCAGGGCCGACCGCAGCCAGCGCCGCAGUUUCCACGGCCAGUCCGAGAACCAGGCCGCGGCGGUGGCGGCCGCCGCGGCGGCGGCCGCGGCGGCGGCGGCCAGGCCGAAGGUCGUGACCGUGGUCCGGGUCGGCGGCCGCCCCCCGCACCGCCGCAUCACCUUGCUGCUGAACCGCCGCUCGGUGCAGAGCUUCGAGGAGUUGGCGGUGGACAUCUCGGAGGCGCUGGGGAUCCAGCGCGUGCGGCGCCUGUUCACGCUGCGCGGGCGCGAGGCGCGUUCGAUCUCGGACUUCUUCCGCGGCGACGACGUGUUCCUGGCCACGCCGGGGAAAGAGCCGCCCUCGUCCGAAGACGUGCAGAGCAUCCUGGAGGAGCUGUUCCCGGAGAAUCCGUACGCGCAGCGGCUGGUCGUGCGCGAUAGUCCCAAGUCCCAGACGCUUGUCAAGAAGAGCCCCGAGCGGCCGCUGAGGCCACGACGCAGGUCGCACGACACGGGGCACCUCCAGCCCGACGGGGAGUUUGACGACGACGUCAGGACAGAGGUUUCCAGCCCCCGGGGCGCCGUGGCCCAGAGAGAUUACGUCGAGAGGCAGAAGGCCAAGGCUAGGCAGGAGGAGAGGGACAAAGCGCACCGGUGGGAGCGCGAGCGCUGGGAGAGGGAGCAGAAGGAGGUGGAGCAGAAGCGGCUGGAGAGGCUGAAGGAGGCCACGCGGCAGGAGUCCCCCGAAGACCUUCACCCUGCGGAGGACGAGAAGAAGCCGGAGAAGCUCUGGGACCUUGACGAGGAGGUGAAGAAGAUGGAGAAGAGGAGGGAUCAGAAGAGGCGGAAGAAAGAGGAGGAGGAAAGGGAGCAAGAGAGGUCGCUUCUCGAAAGGGAGCGGAGGUGGCAGGAGUCGGAAGAGAAGAAGAGGGAAAGGAGGUAUUCGGAGAAGGAUCAAGGCAGGAGGACUCUGAAUGAGGCUGACGUAGACCGGCACAGGCGGAUCGUGAUGGACGACCGUGAACGAUUGCGACAGGAAGAGGAGGCUCGGAGGAGGAAAGAGGAGGAGCUGAAAAUAACGCAGGACGAGCGCAAGUUGGAGGGUGACAGGAGACGGCUCGCGGAGAAGGAGAACGGCGCGGAGGAGUACAUCAACGGGGACUUCGACAAGAGAGCACAGAGGCAGCAGAGGCAGGAGGAGAGCUCGGCGGACGACCGCGACAGGGCGAGGCCGAAGCACAAAAGCAAGGACAGCGAGAGGAGGAGGAAGCAGAAGAAGCCGCUGGCCAACCAGCGGCCCGUCGUGACGCUCAGGGACAUCGAGAGCCGCUACGAGAUCGGCCGCACCAUCGGCGACGGCAACUUCGCCGUGGUCAAGGAGUGCCGGCGGCGCGUCGGCGGCGGCGGAGGCAGCGAGGGCCGCUCGACGACGCCGGGCGAGUGGGACCUCGCCAUGAAGAUCGUCGACAAGUCCAAGCUGGCCGGGCGCGAGGAGAUGCUGGAGAACGAGGUGACGCUCACGGCGCGCCUGGGCCACCACCCCAACGUGGUGCGCCUGCUCGAGUCGCUGGAGACGCCCGGCCACGCGUACUUGGUGCUGGAGCGCGUGAGCGGCGGGGACCUCUUCGACGCCAUCACGGAGAGCGUGCGCUUCACCGAGCGCCACGCCGCCGCCAUGGUGGCCGACCUGUGCCGCGCGCUGCAGUACCUGCACGCCAACUUGGUGGUGCACCGCGACGUCAAGCCCGAGAACCUGCUGAUGCAGCGCAAGCUGGAUGGCAGCACCAUGCUGAAGCUGGGCGACUUUGGGUUGGCGAUGGAGGUGAGGGGCCCCAUCUACACUGUGUGCGGGACACCGACGUACGUGGCGCCGGAAAUCCUGGCCGAGACAGGCUACGGGCUGGAGGUGGACAUGUGGGCGACAGGUGUCAUCACCUACAUCUUGCUGUGCGGCUUCCCGCCAUUCCGAAGCCUGGAGCGAGACCAGGAGGAGCUCUUCGACACCAUCCAGCUCGGGGAGUUCUCGUUCUUGUCUCCGUACUGGGACCACAUCUCCGAGGCUGCCAAGGACCUGGUGAGCCGGAUGCUGGUGGUCGACACCAAGCGGCGCUUCACGGCGCGCCAGGCACUGCACCACCCGUGGGUGACAGGCGGCGGCUCUGGAGACGCCCCUGACCUCCACAGGGAGGUCACCAUGAACAUCCAGAGGCACUUCGCCGACCGCCGGCGUCCUCACCAGCAGCAGCAGUUCCAGAGGAUGCACCCGCACCACCAGCAGCAGCAGCACCGUACGCGCCCCACGUCCGUCAGCUCGGACGUGUGAGCGCGCCGCCGGCGCUGUUACUGCGGCAGUGGCAGAUGUACACCGAUCGCGACGAAGAGCGGGCCCCGUUGCUUCAUCAAAGUCGUCCCCUCCUCCGUUGUUCCCCUACCCAUCGCUGCCACCCCCAGUUGCAGCUGCAGCAGAACCAGCGCCACCAGCAACAUCACUAACAGCACCAUCCAUUGCCACCACCACCAGCACUUAAAAAAAAAAAACCUCCCUAUGUGUGCUGCUUCUCACAGCCUUGGAAUUCCUAGGGGCCACGCGCUUACAGAACAUUUUCCCGCAAACAUCUUUUCUUCAAAGUGGUAAUUGGAGGUGUGGGACAGGGCUUAAUUUAGCUGGGUCUGUCUGGGUCAUUGAUCCGGAUUUUUUUUUUCGUACCCAGCACACCGCAUGCAGUAUACCCUCCUUACUAUGGCUGUGGCUGCUAGUCACGUGCCUCCAACUCCAGUCUACCUGCGACCCGGACGGAAUUCAGUGAGAAAUUAAGCCCUGGGUAUGGAAACCUCAAUCUUUUUUGGUUUGUGUAAGGGAAUUCCUUUUGUGCUGUGUUAACCAUGCGCAAAUAAUGAUAAUGAUAAUAAUUAUAUACCCUGCAAUUGCAGCAUCGCUCCACAACAAUUGCUGAAAAUCUAGUCCAGCCCACACAACGUUUAAGAAAAACUUCCAUAUUUACCAUAAAACAGUCGCUAAUUUUAACUCACACUUUUUAAAGAUGCCGGGCGCGACAUCUCAAUUGUUGGCGGAGGGCCGUUCGAGGCUGCGCUGCAUCGCUCGAGGUGUCUUGUUUUCUUCCCCCAUUUCGGUCCGCCAAGACGGAAAUCUGCCCGCACUAAAGUGGCCCUCGGCCAGCAUUGGAUUCACACCCAUCAGCACCAAAAUGUUCGUCAACUUACAAAUGGCAAGGUGUAAUUCCUCCAGCGUGCAUUUGCACACGUGCAGAAUGCCUAUUCACCGGGCUUAAUUCGCCAAUGUGCCCAGCACUCGUCACGAAGAGACAUUUCCAUUGAAAGGAAAGAAAACGUUUCGCACCUGCGGUUGCUGAGCGCUGAAAUCUUUCUGCAGACGUUAAAAAAAAAACCUCAUCUCGUCCGUGUGGCUUUUGUAUUAGCAGGGUUUUUAAUCGAUUAUCAUUUUGUUCAAUUGUAGUUUUCGCUAAAUCUAUGAUCAAUUUGCCAAAAUCGUGGUGUCGAUGAUCGGAAUCCAGUUCAGUUUUAGUUAACGAUCGAACCGACAGCCUCGCGAGCGAAUUUUCAAACCGCGUGGCGCGUUCCAACGUGCUCGGUGGGCAGGGUUCAUCGGUCACCUCCUGGUUCAUUUGAACAGACACGGAGACACGCACGCAUGCACAGGGUUGGACUUUUAUUGUGAGGCAAUCCGAAAUGUGGGGCAAAGACGAUUACUUGUUAACGAUCUUGAAUACGAUUUUCGAUAACGCUAAAAAAAACUGAAAUGAACAAACGUGUUUGUAAGAGACGCGCACGGCUGUGAGUAGUUUAGCCACGAGGGGGAGGCUCUACUGUUGUGGGUCCGCCGCCUGCUUCCGGAAUCUUCCACUCUCGCUCCGCCACUACGACCCCAAACCACUUCAUCCACACACCCGCUCGCCGACUAUGAUUUGUAAUUCAAGUUUAUUUAACAUUGUACAUUUGAUUCAGGAUUCCCCCAUUCAGGUCCAAGCCAAAAGAUGGGUUUAUAGAAUGCGUUAGGGUUCUGUGAAUAAUGAACCCGAAUAUAAUUAAGUUGCCGAACCCAAAUGAAUGAUGGACGCGCAAAGUUUUAAAAAUUAUAGUAUAUAUAAAGAGUAUAUGCUGCUCAAAAUGGACAAACAAAAAUUCCAGUGAGCGGAAUGUUUUCAUUUAGUUUAUGUUUUAAUACGUUUUCAGUAUUUUCGUGUUAUAGUUAAAACUUUUAAAUAUUUUCGAUCGAAGUUUUGACCUUUGGAAUGUCACAGUUGGAAGUGUAAUAAAGUAUAGUAUAUAUAUAUUUUAGCAGUGUUUAUUCAAUUACUGGAACAAAUAUUUUAAGGGACUUCCCAGAUGUAUUAGCAUUGCCCCGUUGCUAAGGACAAUGGAUUUUAUGCUGACAAUGGCUUUACGCUGAACCAAUCGGUAAGAAGAAUUGUGGUUUACAGCUUGAUUUACCCUAACCCUUUAUGCACUGGUACAAUCACGUUAUGAUCGGUCAUGGUAUUUCUCUCAGCUACUUCGGACUGUCGUGCUAUAAUUCAGGAUGUAUAUUAAAUGAGGACAAUGACAGUGACGAUGGCGUGAGAAGUGAUGACGAUGGUGAUGGUGUUGAUGGUGACGAUAUUGUGAAGAGUAAACAGUGAUGAUGAUGAUAAAAGGCACUUAAAUUGUGUUUAAUGUCGCAUUAAAUGCAUCUUGUAUUUGCAUCACGGUUUACUGACAUACUUAGCCUCUUGAUUGCCGACUCGUGUUUGGUGAUGGUUUAUUCAUCAUGUAUUGUAUCGACGACAAAAAAAGCAACUUAGUUAUUUAUUCUCGAUUAUGGGCCAGUGUUUUGGAAAGGCGUAGCAUAUAACUCAUUAUGACAAAAAAGAUUAUCUAUGGUAAUUGUUGUCAUGUAAAGUUUAUUACGAGUAUGCCAAUUUUCUUAAGUGUUGAGAGUGAUGUAACAAUUGGUGUUUCUAAUAAACAUAAUUUGCACUGAA